AUGCUUCGACAGUCUCUCAAAAAUGCAAAGAAGGCGACCCAGAGGCUCUACACCCGUGACGACCCCAGUGACCUGAGUCUGGAGCUGAGUAUCACAGAGCCUGCGGUAUUUGUACCUACAUAUACGGACAAGCCGGCCGUCCUUCGGGGUACCUGCCAACUGAAAGUGAAGGGCAAUUUGGCUGUGAAAAGGUUGACGGUGAACUUCCGUGGAACGAGUCGGGUGACAUGGCCGCAUGGGCUCCAUGACACCCAAACCGUGACGGACAGCACGUUGACCCUGUUAAGCCCACAGGCUUCAGAUGCCGCACUUCCAUCCUAUCCAGGCUCUCUAUGUGACGAAACGCAGACCUCAUCCCUUGGUAAGAGGUGGAGACUGUGGAAUGCAGUCACAUCCACGUUAUGUUCGAACGGAAGCUACGGAAAGGUUUCAGGACCCAAAUAUCAACGUCUAUCCGCUGGAACCCAUACAUACGACUUUGAGAUGGUGUUACAUUCCCAUCUCCCCGAAUCUGUCCAGAUUCGACAGUCUCAAGUUCGAUACCAGGUCCGCGCGUGUGUCGAGUGCCCAGGCUUUCUAAGGCGCAGCGUGGCGAGAAACAAGGCCGUCACUACAGUCCACUGCCCGGCCGAAGACAACGUGGAAGAUGCCGAGCCAGUGUACAUCGCGCGGGCCUGGAAAGGACUGCUUCAAUGUGGGAUCCUCGUUUCGAGGCGAGGUGCUCCCCUCGGCGACCGGCUGCCUGUUUCCGUUUCCCUCACGGAAUUGGCGAAAGCCGAGUUCCGGGGCCUGCGGGUUUUCCUCUCGGAGAACGUCCAAUAUCACCAGAGGGAUGGACUCGCCUGCUGCCCGGGUCCUUUUAGACGCGUUCUACUGUAUGAAAAAGUGGAGGGGUCGGUCUCCACUCCGUCGCUCCACCGGGCCGGGAAUGCUGAUGACGAGCGCCCAGAGUCGGAAGCAAAAGACGACGGGGGGAUGGAAAAAAUGAUCGGGGAUCCCGAGAUUCCAAGUGGACGAGUGCCCGACGAGGAGGAGACCACGCUGGACCUGACCUUACAACUGCCGGGAUGUCACCUCCAUUCCGUACCGGAUGGCACGCAAAGCAUGCACUAUGAUACUCGGUACAAGAACGUGCGGGUGAGCCACUGGCUGGAGUUUGUGUUUGUGGUGUGCCCGAAGGAAUCCCUCGGGUCGAGCAAUGAUCGCAUCGUGCAGAAAAUGGCUAAAGUUCCACUGGCGCUGCGGUCUUGUUAUGCCCAGUAUGCCAGUGCCUCUCUUCCGGCGUAUUCCUAA